GUGAAAAGCUAAACGACGCCCUGAACCAAGACUAUUGUUUUCUGUAUGUCAGUCAAUACUUUAUAGAGCUACAACUACAGCAAUCAGCUAACCAUCUUCUUCGUUACUCUGCUCAUAUUUACAGAGCUUUCUCUUCGAAUUUUGCAGAAAAAAAAAUCCGCAAAUCUUCACAAGGAAGAAGAUGGAUAUAAUAUCACAAUUGCAAGAACAAGUAAAUUUGAUAGCAUCACUUGCAUUCAAUACUUUCGGAACUUUACAAAGAGAUGCUCCUCCUGUUCGUCUCUCUCCUAAUUACCCUGAACCUCCUAAUUCGAACCCUAACCCUAACCCUAAUUCGAACCCUAGUUCAAAUAAUUCGAAUCCCAAUCCACCCCAACAAGGGCAGCAGCAGCAGCAACAGCAACAACCGCCGCCUGAUGCUUCCGCCAAUUUUGCUGAUGAACCCAAAACCGCCAGUGCUGCUCUUGUUAAGGCUGCAAAGCAGUUUGAUGCCUUGGUUAAUGCCCUACCACUAGCUGAGGGAGGUGAAGAGGCUCAACUGAAAAGAAUCGCUGAGCUUCAGGCAGAAAAUGAUGCUAUUGGCCAAGAAUUGCAGAAGCAACUGGAAGCUGCUGAUAAGGAAUUAAAGCAAGUCCAGGAGUUGUUCAGUGAAGCGUCUGAUAAAUGCUUAAACAUGAAGAAACCAUAUUGAAGACGUUUUUCCCUGGGGGAAAAUAAUAGGAAUGAAGAUUUUGUCUGUGUCGAUCAAGUUAAUGGUCUGAAGUUGUGCUCAAACAAUGAGGUUAUGCAGCCUGUGUCUGUCAUCUUUGUACAGUUUAUUUGGACUUGUUAGUUAGAUGUUUUAGAAUGAACUAAGCCAGUAUUUUUUUUUUAAUAGUAUAGCGCAUAGCUUGGCUUCAGAAAUUUUAGUGCCAUAACAAAAUUGUUAAAAAGACAUGUCGUGCUUACUGACUUAUAUUCCAUGUUACUGAUCUAUUACGAGUAUUUGAUUGAAUUUCGGUA